UUUUGAUUUUACUCAACCAGAAGAAAGACAAAUAAACAACAAUGAAUCAAAUUCAAGUUGUUUUUCUAAUCGUGUCAUGUUAUAUUAAUGGUGUUGUGUUAUACGCAACGGGUUCUUCUUCUUCAUUACCUGACUUCAUUAAACCAUGCAAAGGAAACGAUCCAAAUUUGAACGACUGUGUAACCAAAACAGGUAACGAAGUCAUACCACAUUUAAUUAAAGGUUACCGACCAUUGAAUAUGCCUUCUUUCGAUCCGCUGGUAAUAGAAGCACUUAAAAUUGAAAAUGGACACUUGCAACUUGAAAUGAAAAAUAUGGAAGUUCAUAAUCUUAAAUCAGCGAAAUUAAUAAAUUCCAAUGUUGAUUUAACCAAGCAUGUUAUUACACUGAAGUUAAAUGUUAAAGAUUUAACAUUCUCAGGCAUUUAUGAAAUGUCUGGACAAAUAUUGGUUUUCCCAUUAAAUGGAAAAGGGCCGUGUAAAAUUGUAGCUAACGAUGGUGACUAUACCGUUACUGUAACAUACUCUUUAUACGAGAAAAAUGGUGUUCAAUAUGCAAAAGUGGAAAAAAUUGAUGUGAAAUUAGAUAUCAAAGGCUUAAAUUUCAAUUUUGAAAAUUUAAUCAGUACUAAAAAAGAAAUUUCUGAUAACAUGAAUAAAGUAUUAAAUGAAAAUUGGCAGGAAAUGAUUAAAGAGCUAGAACCAGCUGUAAAAGAAACUCUAUAUACGAUUGCUAAGCAAGUGAUUAAUGGUAUUCUUGAUAAAGUUCCGUAUAUGGACCUGUGGGAUAAUGAACAUCCAUAAACAAUAGACACUUGAUUUUCGUUGUUAUCAGUUUUAAUUGUUUUAAAAAUGUUGUUAGGAAAUUGUAUUAUAA